AACGAGUUUCUCAAACUAGUCACACUUCACAUUUCAUCUCACCAACAUCAUCACAACUGAACCUCAAAUUCUCAGAGCAAAAGGCCCAUCAAAAAGGGAACUUAUACCACAAAAGAAGCCUCCAUCACCAAGCCUCCUACCACUGCCAAAUCCGCCACAAUGGGUUCCCUCAGCUCAGACUCCAAGAAGCCAUGGAUCCAAACACCAUGCAUCGCAUCCGCGAGCCUGUCCCGCGCAGCAGGAUGCAACAUCUACCUCAAACUUGAAAACCUCCAACCCUCAGGCUCAUUCAAGUCCCGCGGCGUAGGCAACCUCAUGGUCCGCGCCGCCGCCUCCGCACCCCCCUCGCAAGAAUCCCACUUCUACUGCUCCUCAGGCGGCAACGCCGGCCUCGCCUGCGCGACCUCGGCCAUCGCCCUGAACCGCAAGGCCACCAUCGUCGUGCCCAUGACCACCUCCCCUCUCAUGAUCUCCAAGCUGCGCCUCCUCGGCGCCGACGUCCGCCAGAUCGGCGCCAACUGGGCCGAGGCGGACGCCCACCUCCGCGAGGUGAUGCUCGGCAACGACCCCGCAGGCGUGUACGUCCCGCCGUUUGAUCACCCGCACAUCUGGGACGGCGCGGCGACCAUUGCCGACGAGCUCGUCUCGCAGUUGGCGGCAGGAUCGUCGUCGCCGGGGAACGAGGUCGAGGUCAACGGAAUCGUGUGUUCCGUCGGCGGCGGCGGAUUACUAGCUGGUCUCGCGCAAGGCGUCUCGCAGAACCAGUGGCCAGGCGGCAGCGGUAGAGAGCCGCGGCUGAUGGCCGUGGAGACCGUCGGCGCGGACAGUCUCAACGCCAGCGUGCUUGCCGGCGAGCACGUUACGCUGCCGGGGAUCAAGUCCAUUGCGGGGUCUCUGGGCGCGGUGCGCGUUGCGGCGAGGGCGUGGGAGGUGGCGAGGGACACGCCCGGGUUCCAGAGCGUGACGGUCACUGAUGCGGAGGCGGCGCUGGCGUGUGUGCGGUUCGUGGAUGACGCGCAGCUGGUGGUUGAGGUUGCUUGUGGUGCGACUGUUGCGACGGCUUACAACGGUGCGCUCAGGAAGAAUUUUGGUGCGAGCAUGUCAGAUGAGGAGUGGGCGAGGCAGAACAUUGUCCUUAUUGUGUGCGGCGGCUCGAACGUCACUAUGGAGAUGCUGAACGGAUACCGUACAACAUACGGCGAUGCUUCAUGAAAUCGUCCUCCAAGAGGGGAAAGAAAUCUAAACUAAAUAAAAGGAGGGACCAGCUUUGGUAUACACCGGGAUAGACUCUGUCCGGAAGAUUCG